AUGGGAGACAGCUCGGACGAGGAGUACCUGGGAGCAGACUGGCUGCCCUACAGCGAACGCCCCGAGUGGAAAGACGUAGAGCCUCUGGCCCAGGAUGACGGCGAUCACCCGGUGGUUUCCAUCGCCUACAGUCAGAAGUUCCGUGAGGUUUUCGAUUACAUGCGAGCCAUAAUUGCCAGGGGGGAGAAGAGCCAGCGGGCCUUGGACCUUACCACGGAUGCACUUCGUCUGAAUCCGGCCAACUACACCGUCUGGCAGUACCGCCGUGACGUCCUACGCGAACUGAAGGCCGACCUGAAUGAUGAGUUGGAGUACCUCAGUGAGGUGAUUGGACAGAACUCCAAGAACUAUCAGGUGUGGCACCACCGACGCGUCAUUGUCGAAAUGCUGAACGACCCCAGCAACGAGCUUGAGCUUACGGAGAAUGCUUUGGUGAAUGACGGCGAUGCCAAGAACUACCAUGCCUGGCAGCACCGUCAGUGGGCCAUUCGAAGCUUCAACUUGUACGACGACGAACUUACCUUUGUGGACCGUUUGAUUUGCGAAGACCAACGAAACAAUUCUGCCUGGAACCAGCGUUUCUUUGUGAUCAAGCACUUGGGCUUCACGCCGGAGGUUAUACGCCGGGAACUGGACUACACCAUGAACCGUAUCCGAAUAAUCAAGAACAACGAGAGUGCCUGGAACUAUUUAGUUGGGGUGAUGCGACAGGGCGAUAGUGGAAGUGCCAACUUGAACAGCUACCCCGAGGUGGUGGCAGUAGUGGAGGAGCUCUAUCAGGCUGGCAAUCGGUCGCCCUAUCUUGUGGCCUUCCUCAUCGAUGUGUACCAGGAGCAGGCUCUGCAUUUAAAGGCCUCCCCAGACGACCAGUUGGCUAGGAAGGUGUACGGUCUGUGCGAGGACAUGGCCGGCAAGCACGAUGUUAUCCGUCGCAAGUACUGGCAGUACGUGGCCACUCACCUGAAGAAUCAGUUGAGCAAAGCCACCGGGGGAGAGCAGUAGUCCAGUGCAGCAUUUUUUGAUUAGUUUUAAACACCCAAUCAACUAACUUAGGCAUUCUUUUUACACAAAAUAAAAUUAAAUCUAUCUGUCGGAAAA